CAACAACUCUCUCUCCUCUGCUCUUUCCGCACCACCACCACCCACCACACAACACCACAUCAACAUGUCUGACAUCGGCCGCCAGGGACUCGGUGACAAGCUCGCCUCCGCCGCCAAGCCCGACUCGCAGAAGACCGUCCUCGAGCAGGCCACCGACUUCGUCAAGGGCAAGGCUGACGCCGUCGCCUCGGCCGUCCAGCCCCAGCAGGAGAAGUCGACCACUCAGAAGAUCGGCGACGCCAUCUCGGGCGACAACACCAACCGCAACGUCGCCUAAGUGCACGUUAGAGGAGCAGUAGUUCUAUAGUGAAGGGAGGGGC